AUGUCGCACACAAUACUUUUGGUACAGCAGCAAGUUAAGAAACCGGAGUCCCGAGUUUGGGCUGAUUACGAGACAAUAAAUCAGUGCCUUGAAGGUGUAUGCAAGAUAUACGAGGAACAGUUGAAGCAGCAAAACCCUACGGCGCCCACAAUUACUUACGAUAUCUCGCAACUCUUCAAAUUCAUCGAUCAACUGGCCGAUCUGUGUUGCUUGGAGUUCCACUCCGCCACUGGCACCUAUGUACCUCAUACCAAGGAUUGGAUCAAGGAGAAUAUAUAUGCGCUUCUGCGUAAUCAGGCGGAUUUUAAUCUUAGGAAUUACCUAAGAGAGGAAAUCUGGCAGUUCUCCCGACGUCGCAACGAGGUGAACAAUUCUCAAGAACAAAUUUGUGGGCCCUUCCGCAAUCGCGUUUGGAAAUUUCUCUCUAUCCCACAGUACUUUGAGUCGUUCAUGUUCUACGGGCUUCUGCAGUGCCUGGAUCAUAUUCUAAUGGUCUACACUUUCCUUCCUUUGCGUUGUAUAAUCAUCUUCAUUUCCCUUCUUUCCUAUGUAACCUUCAGUCUUGUUGGUAGCUGCAUCCCGUCAUUCAAACCCAAAAAUUUCAUUCUCUAUGCCACAGAUGUACGGGAGUUAGUGAAAUUCUCCUUCGUCUGCAUCUGCACCAUCUUUCUCUACACAUUCGAUAGUUCUAUCGCCUACCAUGAGAUUAGGACUCAGUCGAUCAUCAAAAUUUACAUAUUUUUCAACCUGCUGGAAGUGGCUGACCGUCUCCUCUCCGCAGUCUGCCUGGAUGCUGUAGAUGACGUCCUUUACACUGUCUCAGCAGGCCUCGGGCGACAGCGUGUGUUUCCGAGUGAUCGCGUAGUAACCACCAGCAGCAGCGUCUCUUCCAUUGAUCCUCCCUCUUCUGCUGAGGCUGUGAGUCUCGGAGCUUUCAUCGUCCAAUAUCUCUUCGCUCUCACCUGUCUCGCUGCACACUGCCUCCUGCUGUUGGCACAGGUGACAACCCUUAAUGUGGCCUUCAAUUCACAAAAUCGCUCCCUUCUUACUGUGAUCAUCUCCAACAACGUGAGUUCUAUCGUUCCUUGUACUUCGUCCUAUCGUUAA